UGCAAUUUAGUUGGAGUAGUCAUGCGGCUCUUCUGUCGGAGUAGAGUGCGCGCGGCCAGACCGCUCUUCUUCAUCUUCUUCUCAAUCUACUUCUUCUUCUUCCAGGCACAGAAAGCUCGCAGACCGGACAUUGUCUCGAUGCAGGACGUGUUGAUGGCCAUGUCAGCACUCACAUGACUGGAGGCUAAUGCGGUGAAAGGAGCAUCAGACGACCUUGUUGGGUACACGACAGGAAGUGAGGCUACACAGCUUGACAGCGCGCGUGACGAGAGCAGGUCGGACAGGAAACGAAAAAAAGGCACGAGGUGGGAGGUGGAAGGAGGAGGAAAAAAGACUAAAGGAUUAUUAGUAAGAAGCAGAGGUUUGGUGGUAGUAGGAUGGGAGAAAGUGUAAUAGUUUGUGAUUGGGAAGGUAUUUGUCAUUGUUCACACAGGAUGUAAUUAGAGGUUAAGCAGUAGUAGUAGCAGCAGCAGCAGCAGCAGUAAUUAGCAACAAGGUAGGAUUUGACGGAUGUGAUGGGAUGAUGCAUCGCAGCCCAGUAAGUAACUAACUAGUAGGCCGUGGUUUUCCGAGAGAUGAGAAGAGGAAGAGGAAGAAGUGUAGUUAGUAGUAAAGUCAAA